GACUGACCUGACCUGGAUCUACCUCCAUCGGUCCCACCAGGACCCACCUCCAUCACCUCCAACCCAGACGUGACCCCACCAGGACCCACCUCCAUCGGUUCCUCCCAGACGUGACCCCAGCAGGACCCACCUCCAUCUCCUCCACCCCAGACGUGGUCCCAUCAGCCCCCCCCCAGCCCCCUCCAGUGCCAUGGAAGCGUGGCGGCAGUGCGCCCGCUGGCUGGUGGCGGCACGGGUGCUCCCCGCGGGCCACCGGGCCAGCAGCCCCGGGGGACAGGUGUGGGACCUGGCGCAGGCCCUGCGGGAUGGGGUGCUGCUCUGCCACCUCCUCAAUGCUCUCCUGCCCCGUGCCGUGCCCCCUCGGGACAUCUGCCCCCGCCCUCAGAUGUCACAGUUCCUGUGCCUGAGGAACAUCCGCACCUUCCUGACCGCCUGCGCCGACAAGUUCGGGCUCCCCAAGCAUCGCCUCUUCGGAGCCUUCGACCUCUUCGAUGUCCAGGACUUUGGCAAGGUGAUUGACACCCUCUCCACGCUGUCCUGGACCCCCAUCGCCCAGAGCAAAGGCUUCACACCCUUCCCCACCGAGGACUGCAUUGGGGACGAUGACAUCUACAGCGGCCUCUCGGACCUCAUUGACGACACGGCGGAGGAGGACGACGACCUCUACGACUGCGUGGAGGCCGAAAGGGACGACGGCGACGAGAUCUACGAGGACCUGAUGCGGGUGGAGCCCCCCCCGGCUACCAAGGUGGAGGUGGACCGGAGGCUGUGCUGCCUCCAGGAGCUGUGGCAGACGGAGGAGAGGUACACGGAGACCCUGGAGUCCAUCUGCCAGCACUUCCUGCGGCCGCUGCGGCACUUCCUGCAGCCCCAAGACCUCGAGAGCAUCUUCAUCAACAUCGAGGUGACCCCAGUAACCCUUCCUAGUCCUCCCAGUUACCUUCCAGUGCUCCCAGAAAUUGCAGUGACCCCCAGUAGUCCUUCCCAGUCCUCCCAGUUACCCCUCCCCAUGCUCCCAGUACUCCCA